AUCACCAGAUGUCCACAGGGAAACAGACCCAGGGAUCAUCGACUGGAGAAUCCACCCAGGAAUCGUCUUCUGUCCCAGUGGGAGACACAUCCUCAGAUCACCAGAUGUCCACAGGGAAACAGACCCAGGGAUCAUCGACUGGAGAAUCCACCCAGGAAUCGUCUUCUGUCCCAGUGGGAGACACAUCCUCAGAUCACCAGAUGUCCACAGGGAAACAGACCCAGGGAUCAUCGACUGGAGAAUCCACCCAGGAAUCGUCUUCUGUCCCAGUGGGAGACACAUCCUCAGAUCAUCAGAUGUCCACAGGGAAACAGACCCAGGGAUCAUCGACUGGAGAAUCCACCCAGGAAUCGUCUUCUGUCCAAGUGGGAGACACAUCCUCAGAUCACCAGAUGUCCACAGGGAAACAGACCCAUGGAUCAUCGACUGGAGAAUCCACCCAGGAAUCGUCUUCUGUCCCAGUGGGAGACACAUCCUCAGAUCAUCAGAUGGCCACAGGGAAACAGACCCAGGGAUCAUCGACUGGAGAAUCCACCCAGGAAUCGUCUUCUGUCCCAGUGGGAGACACAUCCUCAGUUCCCCAGAUGUCCACAAGGGGACAGACCCAGCGAUCAUCGACUGGAGAUUCCACCCAGGAACCAUCUUCAGUUCCAGUGGGAGACACAUCUUCAGAUCACCAGAUGUCCACAGGGAAACAGACCCAUGGAUCAUCGACUGGAGAAUCCACCCAGGAAUCGUCUUCUGUCCCAGUGGGAGACACAUCCUCAGAUCCACCCUCCGUACCAACUGAUGAACCCCAGGAAACAACAACUGAACCCCUAGAGGACUUGUCCACCACCCCAGAACAAGAUACAAGCUCAGAUCCACCGUCGGGCCCAACUCGGGAACCUCAGGGAGCAACGAGUGGAGACUCUGGUCAGGGUUUGUCCAGUGACCCAGCAGGGUCUGCAAGCUCAGUUCCCCAGAUGUCCACAAGGGGACAGACCCAGGGAUCAUCGACUGGAGAUUCCACCCAGGAACCAUCUUCAGUUCCAGUGGGAGACACAUCUUCAGGGCCCAAGGGUGCUGGAGGUGAUCAACACAAAGAGUCAACAACCGGAGAGCCCAGAGGGGCACCGUCCACUGCCCCAAAGGAAGAGACGUGUUCAGCCCCCUGGAUGCUGACGGAUGAGGAGUGCGAGAGGUUGAUCAGCGAGGCACAAGUGCUGUUCAUCGGGGACCAGGACUUGGGAUCGCCCGAGGAUAUGAAGGCCUAUCUCCAGGAGUUACGUGAGAUCCUGAGGAAGCAGCUCCCCUGCAAACAAAAACCCUAGGAUUAACAGACCGGAAAACACCAGCAGAGGGGAAGGACAUGAGCAGAAGGUCCUGCAUUCGGAUCAUCGAC